GAGAGGUACAUAAGCAGAAAGAGAGAGUGAGCGAGAGAGAGAGAGGUUAGGAUGAGAAGAUGGCCACGUCGCUGCUGGUUCCCCCGGGUCCCGAGAGCUUCCGCCCGUUCUGCCGCGCCUCAUUGGCUGCCAUCGAGCGGCGAAUCGCGGAGGAGCUCGCGCACGCAGCCAGUGACACACGCCGGCGCAAUGAGCUCGACAGCCAGGAUAGCGGCGGGCCCCAUCCCAACACAGACCUGGAGGCUGGCAAAUCACUGCCUUUCAUCUAUGGAGAUGUCCCAUCCGCACUGGUCUCAGUCCCACUUGAGGACCUCGACACAUUCUACAACAACCAGACAACCUUCAUAGUGUUAAACCGAGGCAAGGCCAUCUUCCGCUUCAACGCCACUCCAGCCCUCUACAUCCUCAGCCCCUUCAACCCCCUCAGACGCGUCGCCAUACGGGUGCUCGUGCACUCGAUGUUCAGCUUUUUCAUCAUGUGCACUAUUUUAACCAACUGCGCCUUCAUGACGCUCAGCAAUCCACCAGAGUGGGCCAAGAAUGUAGAGUAUACCUUUACAGGUAUAUAUACCUUUGAGUCGCUGAUUAAGAUCCUGGCACGUGGCUUCUGUGUGGGGAAGUUCACUUUCCUCAGGGAUCCCUGGAAUUGGUUGGAUUUCAGUGUCAUACUCAUGGCGUAUGUAACAGAGUUUGUAAACCUAGGCAAUGUUUCAGCUCUACGCACCUUCAGAGUGCUCAGAGCUUUGAAAACAAUCUCUGUUAUCCCAGGCCUGAAGACCAUCGUGGGCGCCCUGAUCCAGUCGGUGAAGAAGCUGUCGGACGUGAUGAUCCUGACCGUCUUCUGCCUGAGCGUCUUCGCUCUGAUUGGCCUGCAGCUCUUCAUGGGCAACCUGCGGCACAAGUGCGUCCGCCUGGACCUGGACCUGGACCAGCAGCUGCUCAACAUGAGUCUGGCCUACAACGCUACCUUCAACUGGACGGAGCAUGUCAACGAUGAAAAAAACUACUACUACCUGCCUAACAGUAGAGAUGCUCUUCUCUGUGGGAACGGCAGUGAUGCAGGGCAGUGUCCUGAGGGCUUCCGGUGCCUGAAGGUGGGGAGGAACCCCAACUACGGCUACACCAGCUUUGACACCUUCAGCUGGGCCUUCCUCUCCCUAUUCAGACUCAUGACACAGGACUGCUGGGAAGCCCUCUACCAACAGACCCUGCGAGCGGCCGGUAAGCCGUAUAUGAUCUUCUUCGUGCUGGUGAUCUUCUUGGGCUCAUUCUACCUGGUGAACCUGAUCCUGGCUGUGGUGGCCAUGGCAUAUGACGAACAGAACCAGGCUACCAUAGAGGAGGCGCAGCAGAAGGAGGAGGAGUUCCAGGCCAUGCUGGAGCAGCUCAAGAGACAACAGGAGGAGGCGCAGGUGGCAGCAGCAGCUCUGGCCAAUGAGAGCGGGGAAUACAGUGGAGGGGGCGGGAUUCGACCAGGAGGGCGGGGUGUGACAUCGGAGGACAGCUCGUCAGGAGGGGGGUCGCGAGUCAGCUCAAAGAGCGCCAAGGAAAGACGCAACAACCGACGCAAGAAGAGGCGGCAGAGAGAGGAGGAGGAGAAGAGGGACAAGGAGAAGGUGCCUAAGUCUGCAUCGGAGGACAGCAUCAAACGCUCAUCCUUCCGAUUCUCCAUUGAUGCCAAUCGCCUCUCCUACGACAAGAAGUGCUCCACGCCCAAUCAGUCUCUCCUGAGCAUCUCUCGCGGUUCCCUCUUCUCUCCACGCCGGAACAGUCGCACUAGCUUAUUCAGCUUCCGGGGCCGUGCGCGUGACUUCGGCUCGGAGAACGACUUUGCGGACGAUGAACACAGCACCUUCGAGGACAGCGAGAGCCGGCGCGGGUCUCUGUUUGUGCCGCGGUCUCGGGACCACCGCAUGGACCGUCGCAGCUCCACCGGCAGCCAACGCAGCCUCCACGCGCCCCGUAUCCUGCUACCUAGCAACGGGAAGAUGCACUGCUCCGUGGACUGCAACGGGGUGGUCUCCCUCGUGGGGGGCAAUAAUGUGCCGACCUCACCUGUCAGCAGGCUAUUACCUGAGGGUACUACUACUGAGUCUGAUGUCCGCAAGAAGGGAUCAGGUUCUCAGCAUCUCUCAGUGGACUACCUGGAAGACCCGGUCGCUAGGCAACGAGCCCUCAGUGUGGCCAGCAUCCUCACCAACACCAUGGAGGAGCUGGAGGAGUCACGUCAGAAGUGCCCCCCCUGCUGGUACCGGUUUGCCAACACAUUCCUGAUCUGGGACUGCUGUGCGUCGUGGCAGCGCGUGAAGCAGCUGGUCAACAUGGUGGUGAUGGACCCCUUCGUAGACCUGACCAUCACCAUCUGCAUCGUGCUCAACACCCUCUUCAUGGCCAUGGAGCACUACCCCAUGACCCCCCAGUUUGACCACCUGCUGUCAGUAGGAAACCUGGUGUUCACGGGCAUCUUCACGGCUGAGAUGUGCUUCAAGGUGAUUGCCCUGGACCCCUACUACUACUUCCAGGAGGGGUGGAACAUCUUCGACGGCAUCAUAGUCAGCCUCAGCCUCAUGGAGCUCGGACUCGCUAACGUGGAGGGGCUCUCGGUGCUCAGAUCAUUCAGAUUGCUGAGAGUCUUCAAGUUGGCUAAAUCAUGGCCGACGCUCAACAUGCUGAUCAAGAUCAUCGGCAACUCGGUGGGCGCUCUUGGCAACCUGACCCUGGUCUUGGCCAUCAUCGUCUUCAUCUUUGCCGUGGUGGGCAUGCAGCUCUUCGGCAAGAGCUACCGCGACUGCGUCUGCAAGAUCGCCGAGGACUGCGAGCUGCCGCGCUGGCACAUGAACGACUUCUUCCACUCCUUCCUCAUCGUGUUCCGGGUGCUGUGCGGCGAGUGGAUCGAGACCAUGUGGGACUGCAUGGAGGUGGCGGGCCAGCACAUGUGCAUCAUCGUCUUCAUGCUCGUCAUGGUCAUCGGCAACCUGGUGGUUCUUAACCUGUUCCUGGCUCUGCUGCUGAGCUCGUUCAGCGCCGACAACCUGGCGGCCACGGACGACGACAGCGAGAUGAACAACUUGCAGAUCGCGGUGGGCCGCAUCCACAGCGGCAUGGCCUUCCUCAAGAGGGUGAUGCAGCAGUUCCUGCGCUCCCUCUGCCUGGGGCCCGGCGCCAAGCUGGGCCCCCCGCUGGACGAGGAGAAACCCCUGGACGAGUUCCACCUCCACAUCGACCCCACGGCCCUCAAGGACACCCUCAAGGACAACCUGAAGGACAACCAUCUAGGCAAUCACAGCAGUCUGGGGGGUGUCGGGGUCGGAGACAUCUCCAAGGACUUCCUGAAGGAAGGGACCAAUGGCAAUGGAGGAGGUGGAGUGGGUGGGGGAGGAGGGGUGGUCACCGCCGGCAACGGUGUGGACGGGCGUAGUGGCAGUGGUAAUUAUGGGAUGGAGGAGGGUGGAGACUACAUGUCCUUCAUCCACAACCCCAGUCUGACGGUGACUGUGCCCAUCGCUGUGGGCGAGUCCGACUUUGAGAACCUCAACACAGAAGACUUCAGCAGCGAGUCCUCAGACGUGGAGGGAAGCAAGGAGAAGCUACCAGUAGACGGCGGGCCUCUAAGUUCAUCGGAGGGCAGCACGGUGGAUAUCCGGCCGCCAGGGGAGGGGCCAGAGGGAUCCAUCGAACUGGAGACGGAGGAGUCACUCGAACCAGAGGCCUGCUUCACUGAGGACUGCGUUCGGAGGUUCCAGUGCUGCCAGGUGAAUGUGGAUGUGGGUCGCUGGAAGAGCUGGUGGACGUUGAGGAAGACCUGCUUCAGGAUCGUGGAACACAACUGGUUCGAGACCUUCAUCAUCUUCAUGAUCUUACUCAGCAGCGGAGCACUGGCGUUUGAGGACAUCUACAUUGAGCAGCGUAAGACUGUGAAGACCGUGUUGGAGUAUGCUGAUAAGGUCUUCACCUACGUCUUCAUCCUGGAGAUGCUGCUAAAGUGGGUCGCCUACGGAUUCGUCAAAUACUUCACCAACGCCUGGUGCUGGCUGGACUUCCUCAUUGUAGACGUGUCGGUGGUGAGUCUGCUGGCCAAUGCUAUGGGCUACUCUGAACUGAGUGCCAUCAAGUCCCUGAGAACACUACGAGCCCUGCGGCCGCUCAGAGCACUGUCACGCUUCGAAGGCAUGAGGGUGGUGGUAAACGCUCUGCUGGGCGCCAUCCCCUCCAUUAUGAACGUGCUGCUGGUGUGCCUGAUCUUCUGGCUCAUCUUCAGCAUCAUGGGCGUCAACCUGUUCGCGGGCAAGUACUACCACUGCGUCAACACCACCACGGACGAGAUGCUGCCCCUCUCGCUGGUCAACAACAAGUCAGAGUGCCUGGCCCAGCGCAACAAUAGCGCUCGCUGGAAGAACGUCAAGAUCAACUUCGACAACGUGGGCGCGGGAUACCUGGCUCUGCUGCAAGUGGCUACCUUCAAAGGAUGGAUGGACAUCAUGUACGCUGCAGUGGACUCGCGUGGUCUUGGAGAGCAGCCGGAGUAUGAAGUGAACCUCUACAUGUAUCUCUACUUCGUCAUCUUCAUCAUCUUUGGCUCCUUCUUCACUUUGAACCUCUUCAUCGGUGUCAUCAUCGACAACUUCAACCAGCAGAAGAAGAAGCUGGGAGGUCAGGAUAUCUUCAUGACUGAGGAACAGAAGAAGUACUAUAACGCCAUGAAGAAACUGGGCUCCAAGAAGCCACAGAAGCCUAUCCCCAGACCCACGAACAAGUUCCAGGGCUGCGUGUUCGACUUCGUCACAAAGCAGGCUUUUGACGUCGUGAUCAUGAUCCUGAUCUGCCUGAACAUGGUGACCAUGAUGGUGGAGACGGACGACCAGUCACCGGAGAUGGACACCAUCCUCUUCUGGAUCAACCUGGUCUUCAUCGUGCUCUUCACGGGCGAGUGUGGCCUCAAGAUGAUCUCCCUGCGCCACUACUUCUUCUCCAUCGGCUGGAACAUCUUCGACUUUGUGGUCGUCAUCUUAUCCAUCGUUGGCAUGUUCCUCUCGGACGUGAUCGAGAAGUACUUUGUGUCGCCGACGCUGUUCCGUGUGAUCCGAUUGGCUCGUAUCGGCCGCAUCCUGCGCCUCAUCAAGGGUGCCAAGGGCAUCCGCACCCUCCUCUUCGCGCUGAUGAUGUCACUUCCUGCCCUGUUCAACAUCGGGCUCCUCCUCUUCCUGGUCAUGUUCAUCUACGCGAUCUUCGGCAUGUCCAACUUCGCCUAUGUCAAGCACGAGAGCGGUAUCGAUGACCUCUUCAACUUCGAGACCUUUGGCAACUCCAUGCUUUGCCUCUUCCAGAUCACCACCUCAGCCGGCUGGGACGGCCUGCUGGCACCCAUCCUCAACAACAAGGAGCCGGACUGCGACAGCCAGACAGAGCACCCAGGCAGCUCGGUGCGCGGCGACUGCGGCAACCCGUCGGUGGGCAUCUUCUUCUUUGUCAGCUACAUCAUCAUCUGCUUCCUCAUCGUGGUGAACAUGUACAUCGCCGUCAUCCUCGAGAACUUCAGCGUCGCCACCGAGGAGAGUGCGGAGCCGCUGAGCGAAGACGACUUUGAGAUGUUCUAUGAGGUGUGGGAGCGCUUCGACCCGGAUGCCACCCAGUUCGUGGAGUAUGAAAAGCUGCCGGACUUCGCAGACGCACUUGACCCACCGUUGCGCAUUCCAAAGCCCAAUAAGAUCCAGCUGAUCGCUAUGGACCUGCCCAUGGUGAGUGGAGAUCGCAUCCACUGCCUGGACAUACUGUUCGCCUUCACGCUGAGAGUCCUGGGGGAGGAGGGGGAGAUGGACGCCCUCCGAGGGCAGAUGGAGGAGAGAUUCAUGGCAUCCAACCCCUCCAAGGUAUCCUAUGAGCCCAUCACGACCACUCUGCGUCGUAAGCAGGAAGAGAUGUCCGCCACCAUCAUCCAGCGAGCGUUCCGACGCCACCGCAUGCGGCAGACGGUGAAGCGUGCCAUGCAGGCUCAUCUCCGCGGCAACCGGCUUAGUGGAGGGGGAGGGGGAGGGGGAGGGGUCGGAGGAGGCGUUGAGGCCGUCAUAGGCAGAGAGGGAGAGAAGCUUCCGGAGAAGGAGGUGCUGGUCAUCGUCAAGUUUAAUGAGAACUCGGCCUCCGACAAGACGGACAUGACGCCCUCGUCCGCCUCGCCGCCCUCGUACAACAGUGUGGCCAAGGACAAGGACAAAUACGACAAGGACAAAUACGAGAAGGAGGACAAAGGGAAAGACGCGCGCGAGAAGAAGAAAUGAGGCGCUGUGGACAGAGGUGCAGUAGAGCGGACUAGAAAGAGCUGCGUUGAACGGACUAACUAGAAUGGACAAGAAUGGAUCACAGUGUAUGGACAAGUGAUCACAGGAGAGAACGAUAUGUAUGAAUAUGGACUAGAGUGGGCUGAAGUAUAGCGCCUC